AUGGAGCAAGAACUCCUAUCGCUCCUGGCAAACACCCAGUCGCCUCAGGCCGACGCCAGAAAAGCCGCUGAGCAACAGCUCCACGCCCUGUACUCGAACGAAUCAUUCCCCAUCUCCCUAACCGCCAUUGCUUCCCACGAGUCCGUGCCUGUGAACCUGCGCCAAUCUGCCCUCUCCAUCCUUCGCACUUUCAUCGCCGCUGGUUGGUCGUCCAGCCUGGACGAGUUCAAGGGUCAGGUCCUCGUCAACGACACAAACAAAGCCCAGAUCCGCCGCGCACUCCUCGAACUCGCAACCACAGUCGAAACUCCCGAACGUAAAGUUAAGAGCUCUGCUAGCUAUGCUGUCAGCAAGAUUGCCAGCGCCGAUUUUCCCGAUGACUGGCCAGAACUCCUCCCCGCUUUACUUCAUAUCAUCAACGAUACCUCCACCACCGAUAUCGCACUGCACGGCGCUCUGAAGGUCCUUCUGGACUUGGUGGACACUGGGUUUGGUGAGGAGCAAUUCUUCAAUGUCGCCCGUGACCUCGUUUCGUCUCUUUUCUCGGUAGCGGCGUCCGAGUCCCGGAAGCCUAUACUGCGAGCCCUCGCGGUCGCCGUUUUCAAAUCCUGCUUCGAUACACUGGAAAUGGUUCUGGAACAACACAAGCAAGCUAUCAAGUCAUUCGUUGAUGAGAUGCUAAGCGUCUGGUCGCCAUACUUUGUUUCCACCCUGGAAGCACCCUUGCCUCAGCCACCAUCCGAAGAAGAGGCGAACAAGACGGGCGAUGUUGCGACGCAGUGGCGCGGGUACGUUGCCCUGAAAAUCCAGGUCGUGAAGACUCUGAUGAAGAUCCGCAAUGUCUUCCCCGGUCUUCUCUCGGCCCAGAGCCCGAGCUAUUUCUCUACUGCCUGGGCAGAGCUCACCAAUGCUAUGCCAGUCUAUCAAAAUUUCUUCAUUGAGAACGAGCGCCAAGGUCGCCUAGAAGAUGUGGACAGUCUCGCCUACUCGCUCGAUUACCUCGUUCUGGAGGAACUGGAUCUUGUUCAAACUCUGCUGAAGGCCCCGCCUGUAAAGGCAGAGCUACACCAGCAGCUUCAGAAUGCCGGUACCGCAGCGGGCUCCUCUGGAUGGGUACCCGAGAUCAUGAAGCUGUGCAGCUCUUAUGCCCAGAUUACGAUGGAAGAGGAAGGUCUGUGGGAAAUCGAUGUGAACUUGUUCCUCUCAGAAGAGACGUCAAUUACUGCCAACUACACCCCUCGCACAUGCAGUGCUGAUCUCGCGAUCAAGACUGGCGAAUGGCUGAAGGAGAAGGCAGCCGAAGGGCUUCUGACCCAUAUGAAUACACUAUUCGCCGACUCAUCGGCCACAUGGAAAGCCCGCGAGGCAGCCCUCUAUGUCCUGAAUUCCUUGCUGAGAGACUUUGGCGAGGUGUCUCAAGAAAUCCCCUCGGAGCUCGCCACUCAUUUCAAUCAAUUUGUCCAUUACGCUCUUCAGCAGAAGGAGGAGCUUCUACGCGCGAGAGGCUACCUGGUUGCCGGUUCUUUGGCCAAGGUUGCUGGCGAUAGCUUCCAGCAGACUGCCACUUCUUAUCUGGAAGCUGCUUUGAAAGCGAUUGCCGAGGAUCCCGCAGAGGUCGUCAAGGUCGCCUGUAUACGUGUUCUACAAGAUCUUAUUCCAUCUCUGCCGAUCGAAGUGGCUCGCCCAUUCCAGGUCACCGUUAUCAACGCCAUCUCGGAAUUCGUUUCAGCGCAUGACCUCCGUGAUCAGAGUGAUUGUGACGAUCUCAAGGUGACCCUGGCGGAAACCCUCCGAGAUGUCAUUAUGGCCGAUUCGAGCGUAGUCCUUUCAUCGAUUGCUAUCGAUGUUUUGUUCAACAUUGCUAGCAGCGGGGCUGAGAACUUCCAGCUGACCAUGACCGUGACUGAGGCCUUUGAAGAUAUCGUGGACCAAAUCGCUGAUCUUGGCCCCGAUGCCUACCGCCAAAUGUGUGAAAAGGUGCUCCCUUCCCUGAUGGGUGCUAUCGAUGUCGGAAACCUCACCGAAGAGAACUCCUUGACCAACUUUGCCGCCGACCUGUUGCGAGCUCUGGCGGAGCGCAGCCUUGAGCCCAUGCCGGCAGGAUUUGUGCAAACGGUGAUGCCCAAGCUCAACUGUCUACUUCUGGAUUCUGCUGAAGCCGAGCUGAUCCGACCUGCUACCGAAGCCGUGCGCUACAUGCUUUCCCAUGAUUUUGCCCAGUUUCUGGCGUGGGACCCGCAGUCUGGAAAGGAGCCGGUCGAGGUUGUCCUGGUGAUCAUUGACCGCCUGCUUGGACCGGAUGUGGAUGACAAUGCGGCUACCGAGGUAGGACAGCUGGCGGCCGAGCUGGUGGAGCGCGCUGGACCAGAACGCCUAGGCCCCUACCUGCCGCAGCUUCUGCAAGCGGUGGCUCAGCGACUGGCGACAGCGCAACAAGCACAGUUCAUCCAGAGUCUCAUUCUAGUCUUCGCCCGAUUGACACUGAUUAGCGCACGCGAAGUGGUAGACUUCCUGGCGCAACUGGACUUGGGUAACCAGAACGGACUUGCGCUCGUACUGGGCAAGUGGCUGGAGAACUCGGUCAAUUUUGCCGGUUACGAUGAGAUCAAGCAGAAUAUUUUCGCGCUGGCGCAUCUAUACGAAUUAGGCGAUCCUCGUCUGGCGGAGGUGCCAGUCAAGGGGGAUUUGAUUGUUGAGAACACUGGGCGGAUUAAGACUCGGUCACAGGCACGCAACAACCCCGAUCGGUAUACUACCGUGCCCGCCUCUUUGAAGAUCAUCAAGGUCCUUGUGGAGGAACUCUCGGCAGCAUCAGGCAACAAGGAGAUGGACGCAGCGACGGCUGCUGCACUCGACGACGCUGGAAGUGAGGAUGGCGACGAUGACUGGGAAGACAUGCCCGGACAGGUGCUGGAUCUGGGAUUGGGUAUGACCAAGCAGCAGCUGAUGAGUUUUGCGGAGGGUGGUACUGAGAGUGUUUUCGGAGUGCGACGACGAGAUGACGAAACACAAGCGUACCUGGGUGAAUUCUUCCGACGAGCCUCGACACAACCCGGAUUCCAAGAAGUGUUUGGAGCUCUGACCCCGGAUGAGCAGGGAAAGCUACAGAGCCUGGAGUGA